CUUCCGGUGAGUACAUAUUUUAAACCAAAUAGUGCCCCGGGAAAAAUAGUCAAAAAACAAGUGCAUGUACCUUGCCGUGGCGUUGAUUAUUAUAAUAGCGAGUUUGGUCAGACUGCAAGUAAGUCGGAUUUUGAAUAUUAUCAAAUGGACGCUUUUUAUCUAUUCUUCCAACACAAUUUCUGACUUAUGUGACCUUAGCCACGCGUCGCCUGGCGUCACUGCUUAGUUCUGUGACGCAGCCACCCUUCGUAUUUUUGAAAACAUCCGCCAUGGGCCAUCAAGGACUUUUGGUUAUGGCAAUAAGCAUCGUCGGGGCGAUGGGCUAUAUCCCCCAUGGUUCUAUUGGGGAAAAGGAGCCUAUUUUAACGGAAGCUUUGCUUCGUGAGGUUGUCGAGCGUAUGGGCAAGGACUUCAACGACGCAGCGUCAUCGUACCUCGAGUUCCCGUCGAACGAGAGGCACCUCGCGCUGAUGGCCCGAGCCAACAAAGAGCUGGAGCACGAGCAGCUCGACUACGACUCGCUGAUCGACGGCAACCCCAGCCCCAGCCUGCGCGACCAAGAGUACCUGCAGCACAGUUCGUUGUGGGGCCAUCAAUACGUGACCGGUGGAGCGGGCGAGGGUGAGCAGCGUCUUCAGCCCUCUGGACUUAUGCCCAAUAGGCAGAUGGUCAAAACCGACGCAGUCCUCCCAGCUUAUUGUAACCCUCCCAACCCUUGUCCAGUCGGCUACACUGAAGAACAAGGUUGCAUCAGUGAUUUUGAGAACACGGCUGCCUUCAGCCGUGAGUACCAGCUUUCACAGCGAUGCAUGUGUGAUGGAGAACAUAUGUUCAGCUGCCCACCAGAACCACCUUCGGAGCUUGACAUGCGUUUCCCCGACCACCACAAGAAUCUUGUUGCAAAAAAGUACAAGAAUGACGUGGAAAACCCGUAUCUACUGGGUGAACGCCUACCUAUAGCAGCCAAAAAAGGAUUCGACGUACAUAUUUAUUAAAUGUUACCUUAUUAGUAGUCUUACAGCAUACUUUAAGAUUUUAGAUUUUAUUAAACUAUCUUGAAGAUGAUAGGAAUAUAUUUGUGUAAACUUUUUUAAUCUAUUGCAACCUCAUGAAUAAGUGAGCUUUGAUAUUGAGUCAAGUUGUAGUAAUUUGUAUGAAGAUCAUGAAAUGGAAUCACUUGAUGUGAAUAUUUUUAAUUAAUUUUGACGCUAGCGAAUGUUUAGUUAUUAUAAUAUUAUUAUGGCAACUGAAUCU